CUUUUAGAUCGGACGGGACUCCGGAGUCAUCUUGCCCUUUUAACGGAAUUCGUAAUUUUUGCGAACGAUAUUUUGCAUACGAUAUUUUGCGAACAAUAUUUUGUUGUUGAGGCUUGAGUGAGAAAAAUUCGUUUUUUCGACAUUCGUACUUUUUCACUCCGAUCUUGAGAGGGGAUUUUCCUAUUGUGCAAAUUGAUCCGGCGUCGGGUGACUUCAGGUCGUCUUCAGGAGUCUGACUUUUCGAUGCAGAUCUCGGGCAUGGGGAAGCUGGGAGCAGUCCAUCCGAUGCAGCAAGACGGCUUCAAAGACACCUUGUUCGCCUGCGGAGAAGAGCUGAAGAACGGGUCGGCCAUAAGCAAGAAGCGACACGGGAUCUACCAGGUCGACCUUCAAGGUCAAAGGCCCCCGAUGCCCUGGGUGGCCCACUACGACGUGAAG